UAACAAGAUGAAGGCACUUUUAGGAAUAAUUAAAAUUUUCCUGAAGCAUUUACUUUACGUGACAGUCUGUGGCACAGUUUUGCUCUUGACUUUUUGCUAUUGCUAACGUUGCUGUGGAAGCGCGAGAGCUGUCAGAAGUUUGAUUUUGAAUAAGGGGCUCAGGCAUAUAAAGGAAUAUUUGCCUCAGACUUGGUAGCAGCUGUUAGUGCUCGUGUAUUCUAGACCUGUGAAUAGGAGUUUAUUGUUUAAUCUGGUCUUAUUCCAAAUAGUAUAUACAGUUGUCUACUCAAUUACACUGACUGGGAUAAACAAGCAGUCUAAACACUGUACUUCUAAAAGAAACGUAUCAACUGCUAAAUCUUUUGCAAGAGCGUUCUGAACUCAGUUCCUCCAUGUCAUCAGUUCUGUUCUUCCAGCUUGCAUCCCGAAUUCAUCUUCCAGCUUGCAUCCCGAGUUCAUCUGGAAGUUAAAGUUUGCAGGUAUGGUGAGACAAGCUUCUGCUGAUUCUAGUGUUUCACCAGAAAGUUUGUUAAUGUAGAUGGCUUGGAAAGAGAUACAUGGCGUUUCCAGCUAAAGAGAGGAUGGUUUGAAGACGAUUGGAGACACCUUGGAACUGUUUCACCCUAGAUAUUUUUGUUGAAAGUAGAUAAAAUGGUGACAUUAAUUCACACUUUAGCAGAUCAUACCAAUGAUGUCAGCUGCUGUGCCUUUUCUUCAUCUUACUUGGCUACUUGUUCCUUGGACAAAACGAUACGCCUCUAUUCUUUGAAGGACUUUACUGAGCUUCCCUACUCACCGUUAAAAGGUCAUACAUACGGUGUCCACUGCUGCUGCUUCUCUCCAUCAGGACACGUUUUAGCUUCGUGUUCAACAGAUGGCACGACCAUGGUUUGGGACACUCGUGAUGGUCAGAGGCUGGCAGUGCUAGAGCAGCCCAGUGGCAGUCCUGUUAGAGUGUGCCGAUUUUCUCCUGAAUCCAGCUAUCUGGUGUCAGGUGCAGCAGAUGGGAGCGUAGUUCUUUGGAACGCGCAGUCACUGAAAUUGUACAGAUCCGGGAAUAUUAAGGAUGGUUCUUUGGUGGCGUGUGCAUUUUCUCCUAAUGGAAAUUUCUUUGUCACUGGAUCAUCAUGUGGUGAUUUAACCGUUUGGGAUGAUAAAAUGAGAUGCCUUCAUAAUGAAAAAACACACGAUCUUGGUGUUACCUGCUGUGAUAUUUCUUCACAGCCAAUUUCUGAUGGCGAACAUGGGUCCAGAUACUUCCAGAUGGCUUCUUGUGGUCAAGAUAAUCAGAUCAAACUCUGGCUUAUUUGGUUUGCAGAUUACUUAGGUGUGGGAUUAAAAUAUAAAUGUGCAUUGAGUGGACAUUCUGCCCCAGUUCUGGCUUGUGCAUUUUCUUAUGAUGGACAGAUGUUGGUUUCAGGGUCUGUGGACAAAUGUGUCCUAAUAUAUGAAACUAGUACUGGCAAUAUCCUUCAUACUUUGUCUCAACAUACCAGAUAUGUUACAACUUGUGCUUUUGCACCGUGUAUUCUCUUACUUGCCACAGGUUCAAUGGAUAAAACUGUGAAUAUAUGGCAAUUUGACUGUAAGCAACCCUGUUCAGGAAAUAUCAUAGAAAAUGAAUCUGAGAUGGCUGUUGAGAAUUGGUCAGAGGAAGACGUUUCAACCUGGCUUCACGCGCAGGGCUUAACGGACCUUGUUGAGAUUUUCCAAAUGAAUAACAUUGAUGGCAAAGAACUUCUGGAUCUUACAAAAGAAAGUCUGAUGAAUGAAUUAAAAAUUGAGUCUCUAGGUCUGCGCAGUAAAGUCCUCCGUAAAAUUGAAGAACUAAGGAUGAAAAUGGAAAAACCUGUUUCUGUUGCUAUCCCUGAUGAAUUCUUAUGUCCUAUAACAAGGGAGCUUAUGAAGGAGCCUGUUAUUGCAGCAGAUGGCUACUCCUAUGAAAAGGCUGCAAUGGAAAACUGGCUCACCACGAAAAGGCGAUCUAGUCCCAUGACGAAUCUCCCCCUCCCCUCUCUUCUGCUUACGCCCAACAGGACUCUGAAAAUGGCUAUCAGCCGCUGGCUGGAGACUCAGCAGAAACAUAAUGAAACCACUUAGCUCUGCAGUUGUUUACUAACGUUAAUUGAAAUGAAGCUGGCUGUAGCUAAAGAAAAUAACGAUGCUGAAAACAACUGGGGAAAAAACCCCUAAGUUUCUGUUCUAAUCUGUGACGAUCGUUUAAAUGUUCAUGCUAGAAAUUACUGCCCGUGCCACCAAAACAACUACUAAAAAACUUUUCUUUAAGCUAUUGAUAUCUUUACUUCACAGUAUUUCUGUUUAACAACUAAAGCAUUCAGAGUCGCAAUUAGUUUUUAAAAUAAAGGGGUUUUUUAAAUUUUUUUGCUGCAUUUAUGAGUUUUAAGUCUUGAUUUACAAAGAUAAUCUUUCAAAAGUUAAGAAAUAUCAACAGUGGGUAAUCCUUAUUCCUUAUUCUCAUUUAAAAAACAAAAAGUCAAAAAGUUGUCUUUUUUUUUUUCAUAUUACUAAACACGCAGUUGGAAAAGGUCAGAGAGAAUUUCUCCUAUACCCGUCAGAGUGCAUCUCAGCCCACAGCCAUAGCAAUAGUCUUUAUUUUGUAUGGGAAAAGUACAGUAGCUGUGCAAAAACAGAACUACAGGACAAGAAUAAUAAGAAGACUUGUACAAAAUAUCAAAGGAACAGUAAAUAAAUAAGCUAAAGCAUAACAAUGCAAACUCAACAAGGAACUCGUAAGAAUGGCUGUAAGGCUGUUUACAAGGUACACACAACACCGUACACAGACAGGGAUGGAAAAGUGACCGAAUAUGUCAAGUUAAUCGCCUCAACCCGACCCUCGUAGGAACGUCACUGCGUUUGUUUAUUUUCAGAACAGUCUUGCAAAUAUAAAACCUUUAUUUCCUCUGGAAAAAACUUCACAACUUCAUCCUAUAAAACAACUGCUCAUACACUUUUCCUCAAACUUUCAUCCUCACUCCAUCAAUUUCUUGGAUUUCCUAUACAAACACUUUAUAAGCAUUUCAUUCCUGUACCUUUUUCCAUUUAAAAAAAAAAAUAUAUAUUUUCCUUUAAGGUAGCACCCAAAGGUGAGUAGAUAUAGAUAAACUAUAUAAAGUGCGAUUACUGUUAACAUGCCAUAAUAUCGUGUUUGUUAUUCAGUGCAAUAACCAAUAUGGUCAAAGCCUUUCAAUGCACAUGCAAAUGCCACUGUCUGUUUAUUUUACUUGAUUUCUCCUAGUUAUUAAAAAGUUAGUUAUACUUACAUGUCAAAACAUGGCUGCUUGUAGUUUACUCAUACACAAAUUAUUUAUCCUUCCUAAAUGUACAUCAUGCAACCGAAAUUAGAGCCCAUUAGAAAAGUGAUAAAAUACUAGCUUUGAUUAAAAAAAAACAAAACCCUCAUU